AGUAGAAUGGCAGAAGCAACCAAUACAGGAUCUCAGGAACUGCUGACUUGCUUGGUGUGCCUGGACAUUCUGAAGGAGCCGGUCACUACCCCCUGUGGGCACAAUUACUGCAUGGAGUGCAUUACAGGUUGCUGGGAGCAAGCUGGAGCCUACAGCUGUCCUCAGUGUAGAGAGACUUUUACCCCAAGGCCAGUGCUGUGCAGAAACACCCUGCUUGCAGAAGUUGUUCAGAAACUAAAUAAAAGGGGCUCCAACUCAGCUUUGCCCCAGAACUACGCUGGACCUGGAGAAGUUGAGUGUAGCUUUUGUGCUGGGAGGAAAUUCCGUGCUGUAAAGUCAUGCCUCACUUGCCUGGCCUCAUUCUGUGAGACUCACAUUCAGCUGCACUAUGAGGGGGCUGCAUGGAAGAGUCAUCGACUAGUCAGCCCUACUGGAAAUCUGCAGCAAAAGCUCUGUACGCAGCACCAGAGAGGUCUGGAGGCUUUUUGCAAAACUGACCAGAUGUGCAUUUGCCUGUUGUGUGUUGCAAAUGGACACCGAAGCCAUGAGACUGUAGAACUAGAGGCAGAAAGGGCAGAGAAGCAGACCCAAUUGGGGGCUAUAUUGAUUGAAAUCAGAAGAAAAAUCCUGGAGAUAGAAAAGAGCCUGGAGGAGGUGAGACAGACUGUGAGGUUGGUUAAGGUCUCUGCAGACAGAGAAGUGCAGGAAGUGGAGAAAAAUCUUGUUGAUCUGAUCCGUGCCAUUGAGGAAAUCCGUAGAAGACUGACUGGACUGAUCAGAGAACAGGAAAGGUGUGAAUCAAGAAAAGCUGAAAGGAUCAUGGAGCGACUGCAGGAGCAAAUGGAUGCUCUGAAGAGGCAAGAUGAUGAACUAGCAGAUCUCUCCAAGACAGAUGAUCAUAUUCACUUCCUUCAGUAUUUCCCGACUCUUUGUAUCCCUCCUGGUGAGGGAGAUUCACUUAGCAUUACUGUCGGCACAGACUUCUCCUCUGAGGACUUGAGGAAAGAGCUGUUAUGUUUGAAGGAGCACUUGGAUGAGAUUAGCCAGAAGGAACUUGCAAAAAUCACAGAGAGAGAUGCCUGUCACCUUACAUUGGACCCCAACACGGCACACACACGCAUUUCUUUAUCUGAAGGUAAUAAGAAAGCAACAUGGAUGGAAGAGGCUCAGUCCUUUAUUGAUCACCCUGACAGGUUUGAUUGUAAGCUCCAAGUUCUCUGUGCAGAGGGCCUGUCUGGAACCCGCUGCUACUGGGAAGUGGAGUGGAGAGGUGGGGCGUGGAUAGGUGUCACAUAUAAAGGAAUCAGCAGGAAGGGACGGGAUCUUGCCUGUCUUCUUGGAUGGAAUGACAAAUCAUGGAGUCUAUUUUGCUCUAGUUCAAGCUACAUUGCUUGGCACAAUAACAACAAGACAAAGAUCAGUGCUCCCUGCUUUUCCAGAAUAGGGGUAUACCUGGACUAUCCAACUGGUUGUCUGUCAUUUUUUUGUGUCACAGACACAAUGAUGCUUUUGCAUAGGUUCAUGGCUUCUUUUACUGAACCUCUAUAUCCUGGUUUUGGACUCCACCCUUAUCUUGAUUCCAGUAUUACAAUCUGUCCUCCAGACCAGUCUUCUCAGUUCUGAUUUGUUCCUUUCUAGUGUAAUCAAGUCUGAUGUGGAGAAUGAAUGAUU